CAGGCUAAGGCGGUUCGACGUAACUUCACCUCAGCUGGUCUAUCUGUUUAUUCUAUAUGUAAAUAUAUAUUUUUAAUCUAAUAUUACUUGGGAGUCGCCUGGAAUGGAUAAUAUCGACUGUUGCUUUGGUCUGUGCCGGUUUUGCAAGGUGUGUGCUCUUUGAGGCGUUAGCAGAGGACGUCCUGAAAACACACUGAGCCGGAGAAUCGCUCUGUCAGAGCCUCAGUUUGGGAGCUAGCAUAGCGGCUAACGCCGAGCCUGCGCGCUCUCGCUCUCGCGCUCUCUCUCUCUCUCAGCACUACAGUCAGGUGGUGUGUUUGUCCAGAUCCAGCAUGCAGCUGUGGUGAAGUUGCUCCUUGUGCAUGAUGCUGGUGUUGUUUGUGCUGUCGAUGGUUGUGUUGGGGGAGAGUCAUGCCUGCUCGGGAAACUGCUCUCAGGACAACAGCACCAAGGACUGGUGCUAUAUGGCAAGGAUCCGCAGCACUGUGCUGCAGGGGCUUCCGUUCGGAGGAGUGCCCACCGUCCUCGCUCUCGACUUCAUGUGCUUCCUGGGACUGCUUUUUGUGUUCUCUUUCCUGAGGAAAGUGGCAUGGGAUUAUGGGCGUCUAGCAUUGGUCUCAGAUGCAGACAGGCAGGACCAGCGAUACCGGCGUCUGGAUGAACUAGAAUACGUGGCCUCCGCAUUGCAGACGCCAGUAGAUACGCGUUACGAGCGCUUGACUUCGGUUUCCAGUUCCAUCGACUUUGACCAAAGAGACAGCGGUUUCUGUUCCUGGCUAACAGCCAUCUUUAGGAUCAAAGAUGAUGAGAUCAGGGAGAAAUGCGGCGAAGAUGCAGUGCACUACCUCUCCUUCCAGCGGCACAUCAUAGGCCUGCUGGUGGUGGUGGGCGUGCUGUCAGUGGGCAUUAUCCUGCCAGUCAACUUCUCAGGAGACCUUCUGGAUCAUAAUGCGUACAGUUUUGGGAGAACAACAAUAGCCAACCUAAACUCUGGGAAUAAUCUUUUAUGGCUACACACUAUCUUUGCAUUCCUUUAUCUGUUACUGACCGUCUACAGUAUGAGGCGACACACCUCCAAGAUGCACUACAAAGAAGAUGAUUUGGUGAAACGCACUUUAUUCAUUCAUGGCAUCAACAAAUAUGCAGAAGAGAGAGAGAUAAGACUGCACUUUGAGCAGGCCUAUGAAAAUUGUGUUGUGCUGGAUGCUCGCAUUUGUUAUGAUGUGGCCAAACUCAUGUAUCUGGAUUCUGAAAGGAAGAAGACAGCACGCAGCAAGAAGUUCUACACUGACCUAUUUAACAAGGAACAUGUGCAUACUAUGAUCAACCCCAAACCGUGUGGCCACCUCUGCUGUUGUGUCAUAAAGGGCUGUGAGCAGGAGGAAGCAAUGACCUACUACACUGAGCUGGAGGCCAAGCUAAGAGAGGAUUAUAAAAAGGAAAAAGAGAAGGUCACCACCAAGCCUUUGGACAUGGCGUUCGUCACCUUCCAGAAUGAAAUCAUGACUGCAAUGAUUCUUAAGGACUUUAAUGCCUGCAAGUUCCAUGGCUGUCACUGUCGGCGCGAACCAAAAUCAUCACCCUACAGCACCAACCUGUAUACACACAACUGGACAGUCACCUACGCUCCUGAUCCACAGAAUGUGUACUGGGAGCACUUGUCCAUAGGCGGCGCAUCCUGGUGGCUCCGCUGCUUGGUUAUCAACUGUUUCCUCUUCAUCUUGCUCUUCUUUCUCACCACUCCUGCCAUUAUCAUCUCCACUAUGGACAAAUUUAACGUUACAAAACCUGUGGAGUACCUGAAUAAUCCCAUAAUCACCCAAUUCUUCCCUACUCUGCUCUUGUGGUGCUUCUCGGCCCUGCUGCCCACCAUCGUGUACUACUCGGCUUUCUUUGAGGCGCACUGGACACGUUCUGGGGAGAACAGAACCACUAUGCACAAGUGCUAUACUUUCCUCAUCUUUAUGGUCCUUCUGCUGCCGUCUCUGGGCCUCAGCAGUUUGGAUGUGUUUUUUCGCUGGCUUUUUGACAAGACGUUCCUGGAUAAGGCUUCAGUGAGAUUCGAAUGUGUAUUUCUUCCAGACAAUGGGGCAUUCUUUGUAAAUUAUGUCAUUGCCUCGGCCUUCAUUGGUAAUGCCAUGGACCUGUUGCGCAUUCCGGGUCUGCUCAUGUACAUGAUUCGUCUGUGCCUGGCGCGUUCUGCAGCCGAAAGACGCAAUGUUAAGAAGCAUCAAGCAUACGAGUUUCAGUUUGGGGCCGCAUAUGCCUGGUUGAUGAACGUCUUCACUGUAGUCAUGACCUACAGCAUCACCUGUCCGAUCAUCGUUCCUUUUGGUUUAAUGUACAUGUUAUUAAAGCACCUAGUGGACAGAUACAACAUGUACUAUGCCUACCUGCCGUCUAAACUGGAUAAGAAGAUCCACUCUGGAGCUGUAAACCAGGUGGUGGCCGCACCCAUCCUGUGCCUCUUCUGGUUGCUCUUCUUCUCCACUGUACGCACAGGGUUCUCUGCUGCCACCUCCAUCUUCACAUUUGUGGUUCUGAUCAUCACCAUCAUAGUUUGCGUCUCUCACAUUGUGUUCGGUCAUUUUAAGUACCUAAGCGCACACAAUUACAAGAUUGACUCUCAGGAAGUGGAUGGAGUAGAGAACGGACAGCCGCCUGGUACCUCCCCGCCUGCCAAAUCUGCGCAGAAGUACAUCGCACAGGUUCUGCAGGAGCAGGGGACAGACGAGACAGGCUCUGGGAGCGGUGAGGAGUAUGGCCAGAGUUCCUUGCAGGAUGACGAACUCAUCGCACCUGGCUCUGUUGUAAACGAGGGGGAUUUCCAGUCAGGAGAGGACAGUCUAAUCGACAACGAGGUGCAUCAGUGAGGCAUUCUGUAACUAGAGCUAAACAGACUAUUAGUAGAUCAAACGCAAACACACUGUACUGAGAUCGGAUAAAGCUGUGCUCCAGGACCCUUAUGCAGCCCGAACCAGGGCGUCACCUGUAUACGUUUCGUCGCUUGGGCUUGGAGAGCAGCUCGCAAACACUAACGAGGAUCGACCAUUUCCUUGCAUACUUGACAUGGAAAAAGCCAACUGUGCUACUACAUACUAAACUUUAGACUAAUCAAGUUCACCAAGGCUGCUUCAUGACUGCUUCUCCACAUCAUGUACGACUAUCUCUCAGUCACCACUGGAAGGAGGGCACAUCUCCCAUGGUUGCACAUCGACUAUGAUGGUUUUGUUUUUGCUUUGGAAGAAAUCCUUUUAAUCAUGGUAUUUAUGCAUUAUGCACCUAUUUUGUGUUACAAGUCAUCUUUAAUCAGUAGGUUCAAGGGUUCAGAAAUGUUAACUAUUCUUUAAAGGUGAGUAUUUAUCUGGACACACUCCAUCUUGCUAUCAUUGGAAGUGCAGGGUUUUUUUUUCCUCCAUUAAAAAAUACAAAAAAAGUGCAUGUGUCAGUUUUGCAGUAAUGAGCCAAACUGUUAAUGUUACGAAUGUUCCUUGUAGCUUCAGCUGUAACUCAACAAUUAAAAAGAAAAACAAUGGGCGAGCACCAAGUAAUUUAUGUUCAUGCAGUGUUUUACAGCUGAUCUGAAAACAGAGCAAACUUUUUUCCAACUCGUUGAAUUGUUUUAGCACUACGUGUAUAAGUGCAGCCGCAAAGUAGUCUUUCCAACAUAUCAGGGUAUUAUUUAUCGUCAAAUUUCGGCUGGCAUUUAUAAUAGGAUUCACUGACUAGUUUCUUAAACAAAUUGAGGGGUUAUUACACUGAUUCAGUUGCCUUUACUAACAGAUUGUAAAGUGAUCUUGUAAACUCUUGUAAACUUGAUUUUUAGGUUCUCAAAGACAGCCCUUAUGCGCUUGUCACUUCCUUGCACGUUUUAGCAUGAGAGUUUAUUGUAUUUUUUUAAGCAACUGUGUUAAAUACUAAACAAUGUAGCAAUUAAUGUAGUCAAUCACUGAAUGCAGCGUUUCUUGUACAGAGACACAAAAUGCAAACAAAAAUUAAUGAGCUAAUCUUUAGCUCAUAGUCCUGUCUUUGUGGAUUUCUGUGCACCGCAACCCACCUUAUUGACGGAUCUGCUACAUGAUAGUAAGAGCAAUAAAGAGAAAGCGAGUGAUUGUACGUCUGUAAAAGUCACAUACCAUGUCAACAUGUCCUGGUUGGUACUGCAAAUUUACUGCUGAAUCAUUGUCCAUAUAUUUGAAUUGUUUACAUGAAUUUCCUGUCAGAUGUUUUGCCUGCCAUAUUCUGUACCCCAUAUCAACCCAUGGUGAGUAAUUUGUGAGCCUAUGACUGCACAUGAGGAGAAAUAAUGCAUAUUUUUCUGCACUGACACUUGAAGAAUGAUGUAAACCCUGUAUUCACUAAUUCUAAUAUAUUACAUAAAUUAAAUUCUAAUUUAUGAAUGGCAGUGCUGCUUAUACUCAUGUUCCAAUGGCAAUGAUGCUGCUUCUCGUGUUACUGUAAACAUGAAUCAUGGUGGUGAUCAACACUCAUGAUGACGCAGCAUUUCCAUUACUGGAUAUACAGUAUAUACACACUUUUAGUCCUUGAUUUUAUCCGAUUCAUUUGUCAUUGUACCUCUGUGUUGGAUCCAGCAGAUGAAAUAUGACCAUGAGGUUGCACUAUACGCACACAUUUCUGUUGAUGUUUCCGUUCAUUUCUGGUAUUUUAUUUAUAUCAUUUGCUACAGUUUCUCAGUGGAAAUGGAGACCACUGUUUGACUAAGUGGAGCUGUUGGAACUACUUUUUCAUUUUUGUAAAUAGACUGUCAUUGCACUGCUUUUAUGAACACUAAAACUGUGGCAUUUAAGGAUGUGUACAGUUUAUCAGGUUUUUUUUUUUCUUCCCCUCUCUCAAAAACACUAAGGAUCCCUUUUAUUAUAUUAUGACAGCUGUGGAAUGCAUACAUUGCUAAUCUGUUCUCAAUAUUUUCUAUUGUAGUUUCUUUUGUUCCUCAGAACUUCUUUUUUAUAAUGUACACGUCAGAGCCUUCCAUGUCUUCAAACAAUAAAUUCAGCCUU